AUUUGUUUAAGUGCAAAAACGUUAAAACCGCGAAAUAUCCACUAUUUCUUGGUAUUGUUCUAUACUAGCUAUUACAGAAUACAAUGAUUCCAAGGAUAGUAUAUGGAAGUAAGGGUUUAUCUAGACUAUCGUAUAGAACAUUAAGUAGUUCAGUAAUAUGUCGUGCCAAGUCAAGCCCCACGAAUUCAAACUCCGCUCCCCCUUCACAUUUUACUAACCCAUAUGAACCUCCACUUACUUACUUACAACAAUCACCAUCUUCACAUGAGAAUCACCAGCAAUUACAACAACUGCACGUGUCGUCAUCUUCUCAAACUGUUCCACCUUCUGUUGGAUCAUCAUCCAAUGAUAAAGGUAAUACGCUUAAAGAAAUGACUUCUUUAAUAGGGAUGUGUAUCUUAGCAUAUCUAGCCAUUGACAACUAUACCAAUCGAAUUAAAUUAGAGAAAUUAACUACAGAAACAACAGCCAUAAAUCUUAAGACUUUACAAAUCCAACAAACUAACUUUCUAAAUGCCAGAAAGAAGAGAGAUUUACAAAUCUUACAAGAAAGAAGAGAUAAUGACAAAAGGAACUUUAAAAUGAGUUUACAUAUUGCAUUGUUGAGAAAACAAUUGAUAGAGUUAGGAGUGGAUCCUGCUGAUAUCGAAGUUGCCAUAAAGGAGUUUGAAAAGAAUGUUAAAGCUGAUAAUUCAAUAAAAAAUGUGAGUGGUCAAUCCUUAUGGCUUGAUGAUAAUUCUCGUAUGUAUUCUUUAUAAAUAUUAUUACCUAAAUUCGACUCAGUCAUACUAACAAUAUUAAAUUUCUAGAACUUAAAGCAUAUCUUCCUGAUCCUCAUGAUUACGAUAAGAGGAAGAAUGAAGGAGACUCAAAGUCUUAAAACUCAUUCAUAUUUAUAAAUAGUUAACUAUAUAGGUUCAACUAUAAUGUAGACAUGGUAUAAAAUUCAUUACCCGGAUUUUCUUUUCCUGGCAUCAAUCUGGACCCCAUAAAAGAAAAACUUUUCAAUAUAUCAUAUUAACAUUUAUAUUACUUCUUUUUUUUUCUUUUUCUUCUUUAUACAAUGUCUUAAAUCAAUAGGCGCCCAUUAG